GGUUUGGGAGGAAGAAAAUAUUUUUCUUCCCAGCCACACUGCCCAGAUGGUCGGAUUGGGGAAGGUCCUCUCAGCCCCCUUUGGUCCGCGGUUUGCACCUGCGUGGCCUUGUUCUAUCCGGCGAUGUUUUGAUACAUAAACAGCCAAUGUGUAGGUGCUUAAUUGGGUAGAUUUUUGGUCACAUGUCCGGAGCAAAGUUGAUGAUCCCCGCCAGGGUCAGGAAGGAAUUUUCCUCCUCUGGUAAACUGGCCAAGGCUGGGUGGUUUUCUCCUUCGCCUCUCUCUGGAAGGCUGAGCAGAGGUGCCUGGGUGCUGAGGCCAUGGGCCCUGCACCUGUUAUUGCUGCCUCUGGUCCGCGAGGGGGUGAGAAGCACACAGGCCUGUCCUGACUGGGUGGACCCUCUGUGCGGGCCGUCGGUGUGUAAGCUGGCUCCGAGACAGGCUAGGAAGCCACCAGAGGCAUCAGGGGACCUCAGCUUGCAUACCAUCGCUGUCUCACUCCCAAAGGGUGAUGUUGGACUCGGUGACACACAGCACCUUCCUGCCCAACACGUCCUUCUGUGACCCCCUGAUGUCGUGGACCGAUCUGUUCAGCAAUGAAGAGUAUUAUCCUGCCUUUGAGCAUCAGACAGCCUGUGACUCCUACUGGACUUCAGUCCCCCCUGAAUACUGGACCAAGCGCCACGUCUGGGAAUGGCUCCAGUUCUGCUGUGACCAGUACAAGUUGGACGCCAACUGCAUCUCCUUCUGCCACUUCAACAUUAGUGGCCUGCAGCUGUGCAGCAUGACACAGGAGGAGUUUGUGGAGGCCGCUGGCAUCUGUGGGGAGUACCUGUACUUCAUCCUCCAGAACAUCCGCACACAAGGUUACUCCUUUUUCAAUGACACUGAAGAGACCAAGGCCACCAUCAAAGACUAUGCUGAUUCCAACUGCUUGAAAACAAGUGGCAUCAAAAGCCAAGAGUGUCACAGUCACAGUCGAACAAGCCUCCAAAGUUCUCAUCUCUGGGAAUUUGUGCGAGACUUGCUGCUGUCUCCUGAAGAAAACUGUGGCAUUCUGGAAUGGGAAGACAGGGAACAAGGUAUUUUUCGGGUUGUUAAAUCAGAAGCCCUGGCAAAGAUGUGGGGACAAAGGAAGAAAAACGACAGAAUGACAUACGAAAAGUUGAGCAGAGCUCUGAGAUACUACUAUAAAACAGGGAUUUUGGAGCGGGUUGACCGAAGGUUAGUGUACAAAUUUGGAAAAAAUGCACACGGGUGGCAAGAAGACAAACUAUGAUCUGCUCCGGGCAUUAAGCUCAUCGGAUGGAUUUCUCUUUUGAAACAAUCAAGAUUGCAAUAGACAUUUGAAAGUCUUUUUUUUUCUUUUUUAACCUGCAAAUGUGCUGAUGAAAUUUCUCCACACCUCAGCUUACCCACUUGGGGUGUUGGCAGGAAGGGACGAUGCCCUUUGGCGGUACCUUGUUCAAACACUAUUUCCCUAAUCAAGUGUCACAGAACCACAAUAGCUAAUGUCAUUGGUGCUGCUCAGAGAGAAGGAUCUAAUUCUGCCAUUUGAGACACACCCAAUACUUCCAUUCCAAAGCUUCCCGUGGUCUCCGGUGGUUAACUGUAGCAGCUCACAAAGGAAAAAAAAAAAUGAAAUCAUGUUUAGUUCUUUAGCUUAUAGUAGGAGAGAAUGAGCUGUAAGACAUACGUACUUUAGAUUUUAAAUCAUUAAAGUCAAAUUCUGCAGAAAAGUAUCUGAACAAAAGAGUUAACCCAUUAAGCUGGAACAUAAUUGGAUUUAGCAUAGGUUAGUCAUAAAUUGCUUAACCAGAGAUCUUCUUGACCAUUCAGCAAAACUCCAUGGCCCACCUUCUGAAGUGACGACACUUCAAAUUAGCCACAAUAUUCAUUGAGAUCAUCCCCCCUCUCAUCCUGACCAGUGGCUGGCAUCAGAUAUGCAAAAAGUUAGUCAACAGACACUUGCAUCAAUUUCUAAAUCAUUGCUGUUUCUUGAUUCAAGUGGUCAACUCAGUAAAAUCAUAGCUCAUUGAUUCUGUCUGUGGUCAAGACAUUAUUCAACCUUUAUAGAGCUGGAUAUGUCCCAAAACGUGUAAUGGCCAAUUAAGUGGUCUCUUUUGUUUCAUCUUCUUGCCUGGUAUGUACUCAAGUACUAAAAUAUAUUUCCUUGAAAAAAAAUAGCAACAGUGAAUUGACACCAAUAAAUGUUCACGAGUUAAAAUCUGCACUGACAUUUUCUCAUCAUUCACUGGUAUGUCAGUCGUGACCUACAACUAAGUGGACUGCACCUAGGACUUCCACUUCACCACAACUGGAAUCAUCAAGCGACGAGGCACUGAUCCAUGACACAGGCUGCAGACCUCCACGUUCAGUUUAACUUCAAAAGGAACUUGUUCUAAAAAAUGUGAAUUACUGUAAGAUAAUCUAUUUUUGGAUUCAUGUGUUUUCCAGGUGGAUAUAGUUUGUAAACAAUGUGAAUAAAAUAUUUAACGUA